AUGCCCUUUGGGCACUGCCCAAGGGGAGGGUUGAUGGGGGGCUAUGCCCCUAACACCCCCUGGGACACAUUCUCUUCACCCCGCAAGCCGAAAAUCAAUUGCCGUCGUCUGUCAAAACAGGGACGCGCAAGAAACCCCAAGGAACAAAAUCAAACUCGGAGCGCCUUGUUUCAGCCACAAAAUGCCACUUUUCCGGACGGUUUAGGAGGAGCAGGAGGAGUCAUAACACCUUAUAAAUCUGCAGAAAGUGGCAGCAGAUUUAUCAUGACCACAGAUCAAGAAUCACUCCACGCCCUUGAAGGGUUAAUGAAUGAAUUCUUCGGUCCAGCCACAACCAAUGUCAGAAAACGUGACAUUGAGACCAUCCUAUCUAAUUUUGGACAACAACGCGGGGCCUGGAAGCAAUGUCUGUACUACGUAGCACACACCCGCAACUCUUAUGUGUCUAUGUACUGCCUCACCACCCUAGAAAACAUCAUCAACAAGCAAUGGGUAGGCCUCAUGGCAGACGAGAGAACCGAGAUCCGGUCCACUCUCUAUCGCUUUGUCUUGGAGAACCACAAGGUGGCCCCAUACUAUAUCCGCAACAAGCUCGUCAAAUUGGUUGUAGAUAUUGCUCGCCUGUCAUGGCCUCAUUUCUACCCUGAUUUCUUCACCAAUGUCUUAGCUUUAGCCAGAAGUCCAGACACAGUCAUUUUGUGUAUUGUGUUCCUCCAAACUAUCAGUGAGGAAUUAGCAUGCCCGAGAGAAGAGCUGUCCUAUUCUCGGAGAACGGAACUGCGGCGGUUAUUAUCUCAGCAAGUCCCAACUAUGCUUAGCCUUCUGUCUAGUUUAUUAGAAGGUGUGGUAGACAAACACAAAAAUGCAGUGACAGCAACCCCUCCUCCCUCCCCAACACACUCCCACAGCCAUUCCCCAAGCCGCUCUGGCCUCUCCUCCUCUCCCAUUCAAACAGGUACUUUGCUGAGCAACAUGUUUCACAACCUGGAGAGUGGAACAAGUUCUCGCACGGGAUGGGUCCUUCCCCCUCUUGACUCAGAAAGUGAAACCGUAGCGUGUCUGGCAUUGAACUGUCUAACACACUUGUUCUCGUGGAUCCCCCUCUCCUCGCUCAUAACACCUCACCUGCUCAAUACAAUAUUCCUUUUUGCUUCUUUAGGAGCCGACCCACAG